AUGUCUCUUCGCUCCUUUCUCACUACUGCGGUCCGUACAGGGCAGCAUUCGCAUCGGAUGGUUAUAAGACUAGAGCACCGCAUAGGUAACAACCCUUCCGGGGAUUUUAGAGGUCUACAUUACUACCAUUCACAACACGACAAGAAUUCAUCUCCACGGAAAUCUGAUAGAGAGUUAUAUCGACACGAUGCGCUCAUACACUCCGAUUCCAUAAGACUCCUGAAGCUUCUGCGCGGAGCGCGUCAUUCACCACUGCAAUGUGAGAUCCUGGAACAAAGAAAGGGCUCAGGUCCCGCGUUCGAGGCUUUAUCAUAUACCUGGGGCGCACCGGUCUUUGCUCAAGUCCUCGAGGAGGUCAAGUCGGACACGAUUGUACGUAUCACGGAGAACCUUUCACACGCGCUGCACGAGUUUCGGCUCAAGGACACGGACCGCUAUCUCUGGAUCGACCAAAUCUGCAUUAACCAACAAAAUGCCUCGGAAAAGAGCCAUCAAGUGGCCGCCAUGGACGAGAUAUAUCGUGGCGCAACUAGGACGCUCGUCUGGCUUGGGAAGGAAGAAGCACACGAGGCCAUGGACGAACUGGAACGCAUUGGUGGCGAUUUUGAAUCCUUUGGCUACAAAAAGGUCUUUCCUUUCCCACCGACCGUUUGGAGUCAGGAGUACCUCCAGAAAUUCAUUGCCCUGUUCGAGACCUGCAACGGUGGGGUUCUCUAUGACUUCUUUGGAAGACCAUGGUUCGAGCGCGUGUGGGUCUUCCAAGAGUUCAUUCUGGCCAGGAACCUUGAGAUCUUCUGUGGCAGCCGUUCGAUCAGUUACGAUCUCUUCAGCAAGACGUUGUGUAUCUUCUACGUCGCUAUGAGAAAAAUCAAUCUUGGUAACAUGGGCAUGCAGCACGACCGGGGAGGAGUGAUGAAGCUGAUCACCAGUCCGAGGUACGCGCGCGCUUGGGAGCUGAUUCGGCGACGUGAACGAUACCUGGCCCUCCAGAACAUCGCAUUGGAGAAUGAGAAAGAAGAGCAGGUGAAGGCGACGCCCGGGACGGAAAAGAGCCCAGGGGAUGGAAUGUCUCUUCAAGAGUCGUACUAUUCGCAAUCAGCUUCCCCGGAUAACAUCCAACCAUCCUCCAUCAUCGAUCUCUGUAUCGCAACGCAAGAAUUGAAAUGCUCCGUCAUUCAAGACAAGGUUUAUGGCGUCCUCGGCAUCUCGCUCAGGAAUCGCCUGCUGGUCCCGGACUACACCAUCACGCCGGAAGCGCUCUGGGCACAGCUCGCGCUAAGGUGCUUGGAAUCCGGGGAUUUGACGGUGCUGUACCACGCCGGGGUGAACCUUCACCACGUCCAGGCCGGUGUCCCGACCUAUGCGAUCAACUUCAGCCAUCCCAUGCCUCCACAAUUCCGAUUCGGAGGCGGAAGCACUGCCAGGUUCCAUGCUGGAUCGACCGCCCCGCCGAGAGUCAGGCUCGUCCGUAUGAUGGCUGGAGAAGCAGAACUCUCUGUCAACCCACAGAUCGACGGCUACGUCGUUGAUCACGUAGCCAAGGUUAUUGCCGGUUCCGCAGAUGCAGGCGGAGCAGAAGACGUUUAUUGGACCCCGGAUUCACUACGAGGGCUUUACAGUACGGUAGCAGAUUGGAGAGGCAGCCUCCCUGAUCCGUACAACCGCGAAAGUCUCCACACGGUCUUCACGCGGACCAUCCUCGCCGACAAUGCACACCCACAGGUAAACGUCGCUGCUGGCGGAGUUAAAAGGAACGAACCGACCCUCGUGCUCAUGGGAUUGAUAGCACUCAAAUCCGUCAUGGUGGGACAGCGAAUAUUCACAUUCCACGAGCGCGUUGCUCAGGCCUACGGAACCGUGGCAUUGGGUCUCAGGAAUUUUGACGAUGAAGAGCCCGUGUUCUACACCUUUCCGUCGAAGGAUGCAAAAGCAUGGGAGUUGGCAACGCCGGAUGGAUCUGGCUCCGGCUCCGUGUCGGUGGUCGAGCUAGACGGGCCCAUCGUCCAGCAGUUGCAAGUCUAUCUGCAGACGGUCUCGAUGGUGUUGAACCGCCGCUGCGUUUUCAUGACUUCGAAGGGUUACUUGGGCGUCGGGCCCGGCAGUGUGGUGCAGGGGAGCGUUGUGUUUGUGCCGGUAGGUGCGCAGACUCCCUUUGUCCUGCAUCCGCUGUCUUCGGCGGUAGAGAGUGCGCCGGAAGAUGUGGCGCGCCGGGCCCUGCAUAUCUUGCUGGGCGAGUGUUACUUGCACGGUUGGAUGGAUGGUGAAGCUCUUCAGGAAAGUAAUGACUGUCAAUACGCUGAGAUAGUCCUCAAAUAG